UGUUGUUGUCUUGCCGCAUUGUAGCAAAGGUCGCACCGGACUCGCCUCUGCUACACACACGCGCUGCAUUAUCUUUACCAGGACUCGCGUAUACCGUCAACGCCGUCUUCACUCCCAAGAAGCAGACCCUAGGGGUCCCUUCCGCCCACGCCGCCACACUCGCCCAGAUGAAUGCGAUACUGGACACGGACACGCGCAAGCGCAAGCCCGAUCUCUACGACGACAUCCCCGGCGUAGAAGGUUCGACCCAGGUCGCCCAUGGCGACGACGCGGCGCAAACAACCCCGACCACGAACAAGGCGCGCAAGAUCAAUCCGGGCAUGUAUGCGCCCGGGACCGUACCGCAUAGCGUUGAGAGAAUUAAGCGUCGCAGCGCCCGACUCUCGAGCGAUGGCGUAAAGGCAACUGAUUCCUACGUAGAUCCAGAGGCGAACCUAGAGCAUGCGCGCAUGCCCGAUGCUGCGCGCCUACAGCCAGACAACCCACAGCCGACCCAAGCAGAGAUACAACCAGAGACGUCAACAGCGCCCGGGGAGGCCAAGGCCGAAGAGGUCAUGCAAGAGGAGAACGGCGAUGUGACAGAGGUCCACGCAUUACUCGACCACAAGAUGCUGGAGGACAAGAGCGUAGAUCUGCUGGUCCACUGGCAGGGCGAGUCGCCAGAGUCAGCCACGUGGGAACCCGAGACGGAGGUACAGGAGGGCGCAAGCGAGCUCCUCUUCAGCUAUUGGGAAAAGGCUGGAGGCAGGGACCGCGUCCUGUUCAAGAUCGAGUCGGAAGUGUACCACGUGUUCCGUAUCCUCAACCACGAGAAGAAGCCCCAGGGCAGCUUCAUGCUGGAGGUCCAGUGGGUGGGCUACUCGGCCACGAAAGGCAACACGAGCUGGGAGACCGAGGUCAAGUUGAAGAAGAUUGCGCCCGAGCUACUGGACGCGUACUGGGAGAGCAUCGGUGGUCGAAACGACUUUUUGUCCAAGCGAGGGCGUACCAAGAAAAAUGCGUAACGGGGUGGUUGUUUGCUUGGAUGCUGCAUCAGAUCUGCUUCUAUACUAAAUAGCCAGUUUGGGCUGUCAUGCCGUUUCUGUUACACGUUCAAAGCCCAAUCGAGUCUUACAUGGUCGAAAGCGCUCGAGCCAGCAAUCUCGGGUUGCAAGCACCUUUCGGCGUCGUGUCUGCUCCACGACAAACUACACUGAUCGUGUACAGGUGGAUGCAAUGGCGAGUGAAAGCGAGCCUGUCAGCAUUUGAUUAUCCCGCGCAGAGCUGCUAUCCGGCCCGGCCCUGCAGAUCUAGCUAUCCUGCCUGUAUUUGCACGAGCAUGGUCAAAGGCAACCUGAUAGCAAGCACAAUGUUAUCAAACAGCUUCCAACGAUUCACUUUAAUCCCUGCUUUUGCCUAUCGUCAAGCUGCUGUCGGGAUGAGCGCGAAAGGUAGCCG